CAGUCACGCAUCUGCGCUCUUGGGAAGCAGGAACAACGCUGCGCGUUACCUAUAGAAGCGACACAGUUCUAUUACCAAAGUAACCUGCGCGUUUUUAUCCCUCUUUUACCUUCAGUUAGAAAGGGCUGUCAUGUCUAAAUACAUAAAGGACAAUAGUUUCCUCUUCAUCUGAAUGCGCAAAAACAACAAUGUUAAGGGAAUGAACCGCGUGCCGUUUGGACAGGUGCAUCCCAGAUCACCACCACCAGCAGAAAAGUUUUCUCACUGACUCGCUCUGAAAAUGGAUUACCAGCAGCUGGAGUUCAUGCAACUUGUGAAGAAAACUCUGUUUCCAAACAGACAGUGAAGGAGAUCUCUCCAAACUUAACUGAACAUGCACUGGGACAUGAUGGUUUAUCUGUUCUAACUAUGGAUAACUAACCUGCCUUUACAUCCAGACUGCUAAACAUGAAACCUCUUUGGAGUCCUCAGUUUGUGAUUCUGAAGUGCGCAGUGAUCUUAUUUCCUGGAUUCCUGCAGGGCUUCACAGAGUCCAGAUGUGUUGGCCGUGCUUGCAGCCCUCCUAUGGGUAACUUGGCCAGUGGCAGGACCCUUUUCACGCUGACUAGCUGCUGCACUAAUAGCUCUUCCUGCCUGCCAACCCAGCCACGCUGUCUAGCAGAGCUCCAUCCUCCUGCCCUCAUGGCCGAUGACCCGUUUAUUCAUCCAGAUACCUGGUGGGGCUCAGCGGCGGCCACUGGAGAACAGGAAGAAAUCCGUCUUGACUUGGAGACACAGUUCUGCAUGAGUCACGUUGUGAUGUUAUUCCGUUCCCCACGUCCUGCUGCUAUGAGGUUGGAGCGCUCGCAGGACUUUGGCCAGACCUGGGAGACACUAAAGCUGUUUGCCGGGAACUGCACUGAGAUGUUCGGGCUUCCUGAUGAUGUAAGUCAACCAGGAUCUCUCUGCACUUCCAGAUAUUCUAAUGCAGUCCCGUGCAGCCGAGGAGAGAUCAUAUUCCGGUCCAUAGGAUUGGGAAGUGGGAUUGUUGAUCCCUACAGUCCUGAGGCGCUGUCCCGUCUGACAGUGACUAACUUACGAAUCCAGCUCUUAAAAUCUCAACAGUGUCCCAUCUCAAAGGGCCAGCGAAGUGUCCCAGAACAGUCAAACCCACCCUUUUUACCCACAAUUCACAGCAGGCCGCUGACUGCUCCGACACCAAGUUCUGAUCCUCUGGAUUUAACCCCAUUUGCUGUGUACUCUCUUCUGGCUAAAGGGACGUGUUUGUGUCAUGGCCAUGCUGAACAUUGCCUUCCUGAAAAUGAAGGACAAGACAGCCUGCAACCUAGUAAUGUGGUGUCUGGCAAGUGUGUGUGUACCCACCACACAGUGGGCGAGCACUGCGAGAGGUGUGCCCCUCUCUACAACGACCAGCCCUGGAGAGCAGCCAACGGAAGCAGCGGGGAGAGCAACCCAUGCCAGAAGUGUGAAUGUCACAGCCACGCAGAGAGCUGCCACUUCUCCCAGCGAGUGUGGCUGUCCACAGGGGGCAGUAGCGGGGGCAUCUGUGACAACUGCCAGCAUAACACUGUGGGCCGCCGGUGCCAGCGCUGUCGUCCUGGAUACCACCGUCACCCUGCCAGACCUCUCAACUCCCCGCAUGCUUGCACACGAUGCUGGUGUGACCCAGUUGGGUCGGUGCCAGUACAUUCCGGCAGCGGGAACCCAUGGUGCCAUCCUAGAAGUGGACAGUGCCACUGUAAACCUGGUGUGGGCAGCACCACCUGCAGCCACUGUCUACCAGGGUUCUGGGGCUUUGGAGAGGAGGGCUGCAAAUCUUGUGUGUGCCCUUUGACCUGUGAUCCCGUCACAGGUCAUUGCCUAGACAGCAAAGGCGGUAUCAAGCUUUACAAUGUACCAAUUGGUGGGAAAAUUCCUGAACUGUCCCACUUUAAACCUCAAGAGGACGAGAGGGUGUGGCCUAAAGAACUGGCCGUCUCUGCGCUGUACUAUACAGGGAAGUGCAGCUGUAAGGAAAAGAAACUGAAAAGUGUGUCAGAUCUUUGCAAGAUGAAACAUGCAUAUGUGAUCAAAGCCAGCGUGCUGUCAGCUCAUGAUAAAGGCACACACGCAGUUGUCCUGGUGAAGGUGAGGAAGGUGUUUCGUUCUGGAAAACUGCCUCUCUCCCAGGGUACACACAGUCUCUAUCCGCUCUCCUGGACCAGCCGUGGUUGCACCUGUCCCAUCCUUAACCCAGGUGGGAACUAUCUACUGGCAGGUCCCGAGGAUGUUGACUCAGGACGGCUACUGGUCACCUUGCAGAGUCUAGUAGUGCCCUGGACCCCCAUCCUGGGCUUUCAGGUCACAGAAGCACUGCAUCAGGGCUGCUUAUGAGCAAGACUUCACCCAAAUGUACACUAGCACACUGCCCAAACUUGAAAGCCCUCACUUGAAACGAUGCCAUUGUACCAAAGCAGGCAGCCGGAUCCUAAAUGGACCAUGACCGCCGGAUGCAACUGAAAUGGAAUGUGGGUAAUUACCAGAAACAAGAUUCAUAGAGAAGUCGCAUGGCAACGUGCACUGAAUAGCCACUUUAAAUAACCGUAAUUGUCAUACAGCACAACUUGAGCAAGACUCUUAAAAAAAAUAACUUGUCAUCUUGGUGGCUGUUGCAUUGAGGACGUGGAAGAACAUGGAUAUUGCAUUCAUAAGAUUGAAUGAACUGUUUCUGUACUCAUUUCUCUGUAGUUUCUAGAUUAUCAUCUUCAAAAAUUAGUUUCUUCCAGUGAAUCCACAGGCCAUUUUUGGGAUUCAUUCACACUUAUUUUAUUUGCUUCUCUUACUACAUUUCAGUCAAGUGUUUUUAAAAAUGCAUUUGAACAUCACACAAUUGAAAAAUGAAAAACAAAAAGGUACGGUCUGAUUCAAAUUCUCCUAGUGCUCAUGCAUGAUUUGGACUCAGUAUCUUUUAUUUUAUUAAAGGAUUUUUCAGAAACAGGUAUAUCACAGUUGAAAAGAUCAUUUAAUCAAAACAAGGAAAAUCACAUUAAGGCUUUGAAUGGCAAAUCAAACCCAACCAGUCAUUCUUGGAUGAAGAAAUGUCAUUGAUUCAAUAUAUCAAUAAGCUUAAACAUAUUUAAGAGUUAUAAAAAGGAUCUGAUAUUAGCACAUUUUUUAACACUGUUUAUUAUUAGCAUGUUGAAAAUGGAUCUAGAAACAGACCUCAGUGUUAAGAUACUUCAACUGAACAAAACCUAUUAGUCUUUGG